ACUACAAUCCCAACUGGCUCCUGUACUACAACCCCCAACUAACUGCUGUACUACAACCCCCAGCUGACUCUUGUACUACAACCCCCGGCUGACGCUUGUACUACAACCCUCAGCUGACUCCUGUACUACAACCCCCAACUGACUCCUGUACUACAACCCCCGGCUGACUCUUGUACUACAACCCUCAUCUGACUUCUGUACUACCACCCCCAGCUGACUCCUGUACUACAACCCCCAGCAGGAGCGGUCAGGACACGCUGGGAGAUGUAGUCCCCCUCAUGUACACAAUGUAGUGAGGGGCGGAGGAGGCUGGGGAGGAGCCGGGGAGGAGGCCGCGGUGUCUGGGGGAGGAGGUUAUAUCCGCCGGGUCCCCGUGUUGCUGGCAGCAGCUCCCGGCCUCGUCUCUUCUUCGUGUCCCGGGGAGACCAGGGGGAUCAGCCGGGAACCAUGAUCCGAAACGGGAGGAAAGAGGAGGAGACCCUGAUAGAGAUGAGCGGAGCGGCGGACGACUAUAUUCCUGAGCUUGCCUUCUCCAAGACUUCAGAUUCGCCAGACCAUGUUUCUGAUCUUGCCGACCCCAGGACUCCCGAAUCACCAGGUGAUGAACUCAAUGGGCCCCUGUAUGAAAUCCAGUCCAAUGCAGAUUCAGAAGUUCCCUGUAACUCAGAGGGCCUCAGCACCACAGAGAGUACCUUCCUCAUCACCAACCAUCAGAGGAUAGACAAGCAUCACCACAGUAAAGAUUCCGUCUUCUUCCGCGAUGGCGUCCGGAGGAUCGAUUUUGUCCUUUCUUAUGUUGAUGACAAAGAAUUGGAACGUAAAGCUGAGAGAAGAAGAGAAUUUGAAAUAAACUUACAGAAAGCGGGUCUGGAGCUGGAGACCGAGGACAAGAAGGAAUCUGAAAGUGGAAGGAUUUACUUUGUGAAGAUCCACGCACCGUGGGAGGUCCUCUCCACCUACGCGGAGGUGCUGGGUAUCAAGGUGCCGCUAAGGGCCAAUGAUAUGGACCAGACCAAUGAGAACCCUCUUAACUGCUGCCUGAAAAUGUUCAAACUCCCAGAUGACGUCAUGAACCCCGAACCUGACUACUUCACCGCCCCGUUCAGCAAACAGAGGGAGGAGCUUUAUCACAUCACUGACAAGAGCAAGUUCUUCUCUCCGGCCACCAGGAACAGGAUAGUCUAUUACAUCCUCUCUCGCUGCCCCUAUGGAAUUGGGGAUGACAAGAGAAAGUUCGGCAUUAAGAGGCUGUUGAACAACGGGACGUACACAUCCGCCUUCCCCCUCCAUGAUUGUCAGUACUGGAAGAAAUCCAAGGACGAGAAGUGCGACAAUGAGCGAUACACCUUGUAUAAGCAGUGGGCCAGAUUCGGAAAGUUUUACAAGGAACAGCCGCUCGAUCGUAUUAGGAUAUACUAUGGUGAGAAGAUCGGAAUCUACUUUGCUUGGCUGGGCUUCUAUACAGAAAUGUUAUUCUUCGCCGCGAUUGUUGGUUUCUUUUGCUUCCUGUACGGCUGGAUAACAAUGGACGAUAGCAUCAGUAGUAAAGAGAUCUGUGAUAAGGACAUCGGGGGGCAGAUCAUCAUGUGUCCUCUGUGCGACAAACGCUGCGAAUUCUGGAGGCUAAACUCCACCUGUCAGCCAUCUAUGUAUUCACACUUGUUUGACAAUGUGGCGACCCUCUUCUUUGCCAUCUUCAUGGGAAUAUGGGUGACCCUAUUCCUGGAGUUCUGGAAGCGCAGGCAGGCGCAGCUCAAGUACGAGUGGGACCUGGUUGAUUUUGAGGAAGAACAACAACAACUUCAGCUGAGACCCGAAUAUGAGGCAAAGUGCACAAAGAAAAAGAAAAAUCCGGUGACUCAGGAGAUGGAGCCUUACUUGCCCUUAACUAGCAAGGCGGCCCGGUUCUGCCUUUCUGGAACCACAGUGCUAUUCUGGAUCUCCCUAAUCAUAGCCGGCAUGAUCGGGGUCAUAGUCUAUCGGCUAGCGGUCUACGCCGCGUUUGCCAGCAUCAUGGAGAACAACGACACGUUGGAGCCCAUCAGCGGGCUGCUGACGCCACAGCUGGCCACGUCGGUGACCGCUUCCUGCCUGAACUUCGUCAUAAUCAUGAUCCUGAACUUCUUGUACGAACGGGUGGCCAUAUGGAUCACUGACCAGGAAAUCCCCAGAACACACUUGGAGUACGAGAACCGGCUCACCAUGAAAAUGUUCCUAUUCCAGUUCGUCAACUACUACUCCUCGUGCUUCUACGUGGCUUUCUUCAAGGGGAAGUUUGUCGGCUAUCCCCGCGAGUACACCUACAUGUUUGGUAGCUGGCGAAACGAGGAGUGUGACCCGGCCGGUUGUCUGAUAGAACUCACAACGCAACUCACUAUUGUGAUGGCUGGAAAACAAAUCUGGGGAAAUAUACAGGAGGCAUUUGUCCCAUGGAUCUGGAACUGGUGGAGAAGUAGAAAAGCCAGAAAUAGUCCAGAGAAUUUGUACAGCCGAUGGGAGCAGGACUAUGACCUACAGGUGUUUGGACCCCUGGGACUCUUCUAUGAAUAUCUUGAAAUGGUUAUCCAGUUUGGGUUUAUAACUCUGUUCGUGGCCUCUUUUCCUCUGGCUCCUCUCCUCGCUCUCCUGAAUAACAUCCUGGAGAUUCGUGUCGACUCUUGGAAGCUGACCACGCAGUUCAGACGCGCCUUUGCGGCGAAGGCUCACAGCAUUGGGGUCUGGCAGGAAAUCUUGAAUGCCAUGGCGGUAUUAUCGGUCGUAACAAACGCUUUCAUUGUGGCUUUCACCUCUGACAUGAUCCAGCGCUUGGUCUACUAUUACGCCUAUUCCACCAAUGAGAGGUCCCCCAUGUCCGGAUAUAUCAACAGCAGCCUCUCUGUGUUUGACGUCUCCGAUUUUAACGACCUCAGCAUGCCGCUGGAGAACGUCAUGAACGUCACAUUGUGCAGGUACAGAGAUUAUCGCUACCCUCCAGACCAUGAGCGGAGAUACAUGCACACUAUGCAGUUCUGGCACAUACUGGCAGCAAAAAUGGCCUUCAUCAUCAUCAUGGAGCACGUGGUGUUUGUGGUGAAGUUCUUCGUGGCCUGGCUGAUCCCGGACGUUCCGUCCGACGUGAAGGCCAGGAUCAAACGGGAGAAGUACCUGACGCAGAAGAUCAUCCACGAGUACGAACUGGAGAAGUUACGGGAGAAGCUUUGCGGAAACGAUCACACCGACGCCAUGGCGAAAGAAGUCAUGGCCACCGAAGGGAAGGUGCAGCUGUCUGCCGCCAUGUAGCGCGGCCUCCGCCACACCUCUGGACGCUCAAGCCAUAUUAUCAAGCCACGUUCUCCAAGUUAACUUCCAUAUCUGUGGGCGGAGCAAAGCGCCUGAUCCCCGGAGCUCCGUAAGACUUAUCCAACAUGGCUGCUACCAGUACUGGGGCUAUGGACAAAUACAGGGACCCCCAGUCCUGCUGUUAUAUCACACUGCAUUACCCCAUCACACAGCCCUUAGCUGGGCCUAGACAAUGGCUAUGGGGCCCCAAAAUAGCUAAGGGGCCCACAGGACAAUUAAAAAAAAAAAUGUUUUAUUUUUAUUUUAUUUAAGAUAGAUCUGCAACUUUUUAAUGACCCCUUUCAGUCAGUCACUUUAAGUUGCGCAGCCCGCCGGCACCUUUAUUUGCACUUUUUAUAGUAGUAGUAGUUGGGUGUAGGUUUCGUUUAAGGGGUUCAUCCCAAAGGCAGUGAGAUUUUUUUUUUGCCGUUUUAAGGCGUUAGUGUCAUUUAUUUUCAAACUUGUUUGACAUAUCAAAAAGUUUUGAUCGGUUGGGGUUUCAAUGCUGGGACCCACACUGAUUCCUAGAUAUAGCUGGGAGAAGAGCAGGCAGCGCGCUUCACUCAUUGGCUUGCUCCGAAUCAUUGCAGGAGACAGGCUUCAGUAUAGUCUAUGCCCGUGUUUCCUAAUCAGAGUGCCUGCA